AUGCCCGUGAUCCGGGUGUGCCCCGCGAGGGGCCCGGGCGCCGCUGCGGAGCGCACGUGGGGGCCCGGGCGCCGCUGCGGAGCGCACGUGGGCCGGGCCGGGGAGCCGGAUGGGUCGGAGCCCGACGUGCGCGUGUACGGUGUGCUCGUCGCUGUCCGGCAGAUGAUGCUCCGCGCCGUGCGCGCGCUCCACGUGGCGGGCGGCGCCGCCGCGGGCCCCGCCGCGGGCGCCGUGGAGAGCCAAUUUCAUCUUCUGCUGGCUUCGGCGAACGAGUUCUUGGCUGACACGUUCCUGGCCGAAGAGUACCCAGGCAAUGACUCUCUGGACAUCGCCAGGUACCUCGCCUGCCUGAAGCACCUGCGCCGCAGCGCGCGGUGCCUGAGCGACUACCUGGCCGGCCCGGCCGCGCGGGCCGGCCCCGAGGACUUCGCCCAGAGCAUCCGCCGCCUGGAGGAGCGCGUGCGCGCCAAGCGGACGAACGCCCACCUGAGCAUCGUCCGCCUGCGCCAGAGGCAGCCUUGGCGAGAAGGAGACCAAUCACUGCGGACACUGGGGGCAGCCGUACAAGAACUCGACGAAGCAGAGGCAGCGCCCGCGUGGCUUCAAGAACCGGUUGCAGACGUGGGACAGAUGAGCAUGUCCCGUUCACGGAAUCGUGUCGCGCGUUGCGUGUGUCUUGAGGCGAGUCCGUGUGCAUGCUCCCACUUUCUUCUGGACGUUGAGCGCGGCCUGCUGCUAUCUAUCACUUGA